AUGAUAGACUUGGGCUUGUUGAAGUUUUUCCUCGGUUUGGAGGUUAAAGAAGAAGAAACUUGUAUUUUUAUAUCACAGGAGAAAUAUGCAAAGGAGAUUUUGAAGAAGUAUAAGAUGAAAAAUUGCAACCCGGUAUCAACACCAAUGGAACCAGGUGCAAAGCUAUCAAAGUACCAUGAAGGAGAACGAGUAGAUGCAAAUAGGUACCAGAGCUUGGUGGUAAGCCUUCGCUCUCCUACAUGCAUAAGGCCAGAUCUUUCAUUAAGUGUUAACAUAAUAAGCCGGUUCAUGGAGGAGCCAAUUUAUUCACAUUGGAAGAUGUUGAAGCGAGUCGUACGAUACAUCCAUGGAACGGUGUUACAUGGGUUCUCCUACUCAAAAAUAGAAGAUUACAAGUUAGUCGGUUACUCUGACAGUGAUUGGUGCGGAGACAUAGACGAUCAGAGAAGUACAUCGGGUUAUGCUUCAUGGGCAACAUAG